GGCAGACUUUUGUCAACAACAUUACUGUGGAUUAAUCACUCGUAGCCAAGGGAACGUAUAAUGGCGGUGGCCGCAUCAGUGUACCGUACAUCACAAUAUCUUCUUCUCACCGGUUCUCUGACGGCGCUUCUUGCCCUACAACCGAUAGCAUACUAUGGCCCAUGCAGAGCUUGAUCGUCUCCAAGCAUGUUUAAACUUCUCACUCGACGCCCUCCGGAAAGAGAUGGACAAUUCUCAGCUUCUUCCCCUGAGUCAACACAGCUCAGUAGAACACCCGUUGGAUGACCCAACGACUUACCUACCCAGCACGGCGUUGUUUGAUGCCCGCCGCCUGUCUCUAGCAUGCCUGGGAGAACUAAAGAACCUUAUCCAGUCGCCUUUAGAUAAGCGCAUGGAUGAGAAGUACUCAGCGUAUGGCGCUGCCUCCAUUGAUAUCCUCAUCAAGACCAAUAUCAUCGACUACCUGUCUGACCUGUCAAAUCCCUCAGAAGGCAUCCCAGUUACUGAAUUGGCCUCGAAAUUUGGACUUGAUUCUCAAAAGCUCGUUCCCAUUCUACGCUGCUGUGCAGCCAACGGUUGGGUGCGGGAGACCCGUGAUUCUUCAUUUGCUUUGAACAGAUGCUCGCGCACUUUCGUCGAAGGUCAUGCAGGUCGGAGAUUGAACCUUUGUACGCCUGGGUUCAUGUCAAUAGUCGGAGCUAUGCCACGUUGGGUGACGGAAUCGGAUUGGAAACUCUCGCGCUCUCCAGCGCAGACCGCUUUCCAGGUCGCAUUCAGGACUCCUUUGCAGCGAUUCUCCUGGGUCAUGCAAAAUCCGCAGGCCCUUGUUCCACUGGCGGAUCAUCUUCAAGUCCUUGGUGACAUGUCUACGCCGGGUAUUGUGGCAGACUACCCAUGGGAACAACUGGAAACACCCAUCAUCGUUGAUUGUGGAGGGGGAGAGGGCGGUUUAGUCACUGCCAUCCUAGACGCGCAUCCUUCCUUCCGAGCCAUCGUACAAGACAUGGAGAAUGUUGUCGCAUUGACAAGUUCGAUCAUGAAAGAACGCCGCCCUCGUGAUAUAGAAAAUGGUACACUCAAGGCGGAAGCCCACGACCUUUUCCAGCCCCAACCACGGAUCGGAAACGAGUAUAGUUUCAUCCUGCGUCAUAUACUGCACGAUUGGCCUGACAAAGAAGCGGCGGCGAUAUUGGGCAACGUAGCUCGUUCAUUGGGCCCCAAGUCCAAAAUACUCAUCAUCGAAAUGGUAGCUGUCCCGAACGUAGACUCAGCUGCUACAACGAGUGCCAAAUCAUUCUUACUGGAUGGCGAUGAUAAGCGUCCCGACCAUUGUGUUCCAUCGCACUUUGGUUCAGCGUCCAAACUAGUCAACGCGUUCUCGGUGCACAUGCUGAGCUUGAUGAACGGUUGCGAGAGGUCUUUGCGUGAAUGGGAGAGCCUUGUCAAGGGGUGCGGGCUUUGCAUCACGAACGUUUAUCCGCUGCGAGCUCACACUUCCGUUAUCGAGUGUGCGCUUGACUCACGUGUGUUAUUGUAACCUCAAAGAGAGAAUGUUGGAUCUCAGAGUAAUGUCAAUUUGCCUGUACAACGGAUGUAUCUUUCCGGUACCGACGAUAUAUGACUUCCUUUCCCCCAUCGCGGAUUGUAUGAUACACUAAGGAGUCAAUUAAGUUCGUUUAUCGUCGAAG